AGUCCCACUCCGGCAUCCCUUCCCUUCCUCUCCUCACCCCCUACGCCAAAGCAAACGUUAGAAAUACCUCCGGCCGCCACCCGCUUUAUUUCGUAGCACCGCCGCCAGGGUCGCCGCCCCAUGGUCAUCUCGGCGGAGACGACACCACGGCGACCGGAUACCGCAGUGGCCUCGUCGGCGGCGGUGACGGAAGCUACGCCCCCUCGAGGGGAGGCGCAGGGUAGCCUCCUCCACCACUUUUCCUUCCCCAUCUUGAACACGUGGGGGAACCACAGCGCGCUACGUUGCAUGAGCGUGAACGGCAAGGAGGAGAUCGUCGCUGGUGGCGGACGGAGAUCGACGGCGUCCCCCGUGGAAACGCCAGAAUCGCGGAUCCGUGCCUCUGAGACUGGCCCCGGCGACGACCCUAGGAUAGAGGAGGUCAGGGAGAAGCUUAUGGCUCACCUUCGUGAGGCGGCGGACCGGAUGAACCUGGUGGUCCAGCUUCUGCCGAAAGGUGGGGCCGACGAGGCGGAGCCGGCGCCAAAGGCGAGGUUGGAUCCCCAGGCCGAGGCGGUGCCGGCGGCGCUUCCCUGGAAUCUGAGGACGAGGCGAGGAGCCGCGAGGGCUCCGAUGGAAAUCCAGCGGCACCUAAGCUUGCGCCCGCAAGCGGUGUGGCGCAGGUCGGAGGACGCCGAGCGGCGGGAGCGGCCCAAGUUUUCGAUCUCGCUCACCAGAGAAGAGAUCGAGGAGGACAUAUACGCGAUGACGGGGUGCAGAGCUCCCCGGCGGCCAAGAAAGCGGGCGAAGGUCAUCCAAAACCAGCUCGACUCGUUGUUCCCCGGGUCGUGGCUGUCGGAGAUCACCGCCGAUUCCUACAGGGUUCCUGAUUAGAGCUCUCUUGCUCAUCUACAUGAGGAUUGGAAGCGGUGGUCGUCGUCGUCGUCCCCGUGACAUUGCCUGGACGUCCAUUUCUCGAGUUCCAGCGUGGCGACGUAAUGGCACUGGCUCAACGCUCUGCAUUACAGUAAGGCUGUGGUCGUGCUUACUGCAUUCUGCCAAGAAUUAGGAAUUAGCCAUAUGCUCAUAAAAAUAUGAAGGACAUGGGUCAACACCAACACACACAUCAUGCUGUUCGAGGCUGGUGAUGGAUUAAUUAUCGCACCUUGUGUUGAUUAAUGUUCAUGCGCUCAUCACAAUUUCGUCGAUCCUUUUUGACUCACCGAAUCAUGAUAGCAUCACCACAUCUGGUGAGGGAAAAAAGAAGCGUGUUUUAUCAUGAGUUUUUGCGAGUUGACUCGCUGACUCGGUCAAACCCCACGCGACUCGUCUCGUCUCGUCGCAGAAGAUACGGAGAUCGGAUGCACUGCAACGUUCUCCCCUGAAGUCAACAUAUGGACUUACGCAUGCACGGAGUCAGUCGGGUGGCUUCUCCGAGUCAGGACCGAGUCCACGGCCAUGGCGCUUGGGCCCUUAUUAAUAGAAGACGUCUUCAACGAGCUCGACCUGGCCGCCAUAUGGCCCUCGGCAUCGUAAACCCGCGCGUCACUGUCAUCUCCGCCGUAUCCCGCGACGGAGUGAGAGAAGACGGCGGGUCUCGAUGCGAUCCUGGUCACGGACGAGGAGGGGAAGAGACACCCAUCCAACUAGUAUAAAGGAGACGGCGGCGCCGAGCGAGAGAAGUAGAUCCAGCGUUCGGCGCCAGUCCCGGCGGGGCCCGAGCCAGGGAGGAGACGAGGCGGCGGCGUAAAAGCACACCGGGCGCGGCCGGGACACUGCCCAGAGCCUGCGAGUUGGCGAACUCGCGGCAGCAGCAGUCGCACUCGUACUUCAUGCCGUCUCCUCCGCCACCGCCGGGGGAAGUGGUGGCCGUGGAAGAGAAGUAACGGGAUCGCAGCCUCGCUUCCUCUCCUCGGGACAUGUUGACGCCCGACAGCUUCAGCGUGGGGUUGCUACCGUUGUCAGACAGGCAGUGCUCGGUGCGUGACCAUCUCGUGUUCUCUCCUCCUCUACCUGCAAAGCGAUGUAAAGUAUACAGACUCUUAUGUCAAGAAGCAGCAGCCAAUGAGGAGGAAAACAAACGGAAGAACAGGAAACAGAGGGAUUAGGUUUGGUUUCCAUGGCUUCAGCUCAUGUCUCCCUGUACCUAUAUAUGUAUAUGGUUCAGCUCGAGUUGUGCGAAGAAGAGCUCAAAAGAGUAUAAGAAAAUGGACAUCGAUCGGAUGUGUUGAUUUAGUUCAUCUCAGAUAGACUCGUAUUAUGGCGUUGUACUGCUGUGUGAUUGAAGGGUGCAAUCGUGUGGGGACUAAACAUCCGCAGCCUUAGAAACUUGAAAGAGAGAUCGUAGUAAAUACAAAAGCCGAUGGCCACAAAGGGAGACUUGCUGUUCGUUCCA